AACGACUCAUUAGUAUGACACAGUGGAACGGGCAGGACGACCUGAAACGUCCUUUCACAACCAUAAAACAACUCACUCACCGACUAUAACUUUUACAAUCCUUACUGGGUUUGCCCUACUACUCUGGAGUCAAAUCCUGUCAUUCCCAACACCAUGAGCCAAGAACACAGACCACAUCCAGGCCUACGGCGAUUCAUGAUGUCGUAUGCCCCCGACUGGAUCAUAUCUGGUGCGCUUUGGGCAAUACUCUGGGUCACCGACAGCUAUAUCUCUGGGUUUAAGAGGCACUUCUCGCUAUCUGAUGUCUCAUUACUAUAUCCGUAUGCUGUUAAUCAACGUGUCGGGACAACAGCUCUUGGAUUCAUCUCUUGCGGCAUCCCAUUUGUGCUUCAGUGCCUUAUCAAUUUUUUGACAGUCCAGUCAUGGUGGGAUUUCCACCACAGCACUCUAGGAUUGAUCCUCUCUCUGUCGAUGACAAGGGCCAUCACACAAUUCAUCAAAGUCACAGUUGGACGGCCUCGGCCAGAUUUAAUCUCGCGCUGUCAGCCUGCGAUGGGCUCUGCAGACCCUCUUUUGGGUCUAUCUACAGCAGAUAUAUGUACGCAGACGGUAUCGAAGAUACUCGAAGACGGAUGGAGGAGCUUCCCCAGCGGUCAUUCCAGCUCAUCCUUUGCAGGCCUCGGAUUCCUCGCCUUUUACCUGGCCGGUAAACUACAUCUAUUUGACACCCGGGGACAUGUCAGUAAAGUGUGGAUAUCUAUCACUCCCCUUGUUGGUGCAAUGUUCGUGGCAACUUCGCGCACUAUGGACUAUCGUCGUACGAUCCUGUUUUAUGAAAUCAUGUCAGAUUACUCACUUUGCCAUUCAGACCACUGGCAGGACGUUGUGACUGGAUCUGCGCUUGGACUUCUCCUCGCAUAUUUUUCAUACAGGCAGUAUUACCCUCACUUAGCAUCGGCAGAUGCACAUCAGCCGUAUGCUACCCGGUUCGAAGACACCAAGAGUGUUGAAUUGGAUGCAAUCAAUGGAACUACGGAUCCGUUGCUACGCUAUGAUGAAGAUGACGAAGUGAUCAGCACGAGACGUAAUCCAGGGACUGGGAUUCGACGAUAGCCGUAGUUACAAUGGCAUGUACUUUUGCGCACCAAGCAUCCCUAGUCAAAUUUCCCGUUGAUCUAAAUUUUGAAAUACUAGAAACUUACAUUGAUACAGUGGCCGAUGAAUUAUAGCCAGGUCAGAGUGU